GAAUACAAUUAAUUAACAAUACACGUACCUCUUAGUAUCACACUUUAGACUUAACAUUUUCAAAAUAUAUUUCUAGAUACAUGUUAUAUACAAGGCCUACAUAUAUAUAUUAUAGAGAUUUUAUACAUUCUAAAUUUUGUGAGUGUGGACAUACUCUGAGCGUGAGAAAGAGAAGGGGAAGAAAGAGAGAGAGUGAUGGGAAGGGGAAGAGUGGAGUUGAAGAGAAUUGAGAACAAGAUCAACAGGCAAGUGACCUUUGCAAAACGAAGGAACGGGCUUUUGAAGAAAGCUUAUGAGCUUUCCGUUCUUUGUGAUGCCGAGGUUGCUCUCAUCAUCUUCUCCAAUAGAGGAAAGCAGUACGAGUUUUGCAGCGGUUCAAGCAUGCUCAAAACGCUGGAGAGGUACCAGAAAUGCAACUAUGGAGCGCCUGAGGACAAUGUGGCAACAAAGGAAGCCUUGGUAUUGGAGUUAAGCAGUCAACAAGAAUACUUGAGGCUGAAAGCACGUUAUGAAGCUCUACAACGUUCUCAAAGGAACCUUAUGGGAGAAGAUCUUGGCCCUCUAAGCAGCAAAGAGCUUGAAUCACUUGAAAGGCAGCUAGAUUCGUCUUUGAAGCAAAUCAGAUCAAUAAGGACCCAAUUCAUGCUGGAUCAGCUUUCUGAUCUACAACGUAAGGAACACUUUCUAGGUGAGUCAAACAGAGAUCUCAGACAAAGGUUGGAAGAGUUUCAAAUAAAUCCACUCCAACUGAAUCCCAGUGCUGAAGAUAUGGGGUAUGGACGCCAUCCAGGUCAGCCCCAAGGCCAUGCUCUCUUUCAACCAUUGGAGUGUGAGCCAACCUUGCAAAUUGGAUAUCAUCCUGAUCCAGUAUCAGUGGUGACAGAAGGCCCAAGCAUGAAUAAUUACAUGGCAGGAUGGUUACCAUGAAAGAGUGUCAAGUGUGGAGCAUAAUUAAAGAUCCUGCCGUUUAAUUUCAAAUUUAUUUGAAGUUAAGGAAAACGGAAAUUUGUAAUAGCACGUAAUGGACUUACACUAGACUCUACCUUCUAAUUAAGCUAGGAACAAUAUAAGCAGUGAUUUUGUGUGUGAGCUUUCAUAAACAGUACCUAGCUAGCCUCUUCCUUGUUUCAAUAAUCACUUCUUCCUUUUCCUAAUUAAUAAAACUAUCGUAUGCACCCUUUGCCUUUACAUUA